AUGGUGGCUGUAUCCACUUCAGACACUGACCAAAAUCACACGCUACCACCUCGGAAACGUCUUCGCACAGAACGCGAUGCUAGUCGAGAGCCCACAGCGACAGAGCCUCAUCUUUUCAUGCCCUUCCGUGCGCUAGGCUUGAUUACGAACCACGUACCGCUUGUUUUGCAAACUCGAUCUUACAAGGGCUCCACGGAAGGCCCCCGCAUACAUCUUUUAACUUGUCUAGGACGAUCAUGGGCUAUGUGGGAAGGGGGCAAGAUGGCGCUUCUAUUCGUUGGGCCUGACUUACCACAGCACAUUACAUCUAUGUGCAUGGACGGAAAUGCGGUUUGGGUCUCUAGCGGCCCUACAGUUAUCAAGUACAUCAGAGGGAAAGAGGCAGGCAGGGUCAUCAAUCCACUUCAGACGGAUCUUGCAUCCGUACUCGUUUUUGGCUCUCAGCUGCUUGCUCUUACGGAAGACAGAACCCGGAUGUUAAUAUGGGGAACUGAAGAUGAGGGUAUGUUAAGCAAUUCUGAUGUGAUCCUGGAUGAACAAAUGUCUGCAGAAUUGCAGGCAACUAUCGAGUUUGACACAGACUUUGCCGCUACAUCGAUUCUUCAUCCUGCCACGUACCUGAACAAGGUUCUAGUUGGAAGUCUCCGGGGUUCAAUGCAACUUUGGAACAUCCGGACUCAGACUUGCAUUUAUGCCUUCAAAUCUUCGACCAUGCUCAGUCUUUCGACCCAGCCCUCUCAUUCGUCCAUACCUGCCAUCACAGCGCUCGUACAAUCCCCUGCUAUUGAUGUUGUUGGGAUUGGCUUUGCGUCCGGAGAAAUUUCAGUAUUCGACGUAAGGACUGACGAGCGGUUAAUGAGAAUGGCUAUGGAAGAUGGUGCGAUCAGAGCACUAUCAUUCAGGAGUGACGGGCAACCUAUACUAGCAUCAGCGUCAUCUAUGGGUCACAUAGCGUUAUGGGAUCUCAAUGCCGGUGGCCGCCUGCUUCAUUUGAUACGCGGUGCUCAUGACGGCGCAGUGACCGCGCUAGAGUGGGUACCUGGACAACCUUUGCUGAUUAGCUCUGGGGAGGACAACAGUGUUAAGCAAUGGGUCUUCGACUCUCCUACUGCUGCUCCCCGUUUACUCAAAUAUCGUUCGGGACACCGCGUACCCCCACACCUCAUUAGGUAUUAUGGAGAGGACGGGAAGCAACUUUUAACUGCAUCGAGCGACAGAAGUUUGCGUUGUACCAGCGUUGUCAGGGACUCCAGGAGUUUCGAGCUGAGUCAAGGCUCAUUGGCUAAAAAAGCAUCACAUCUUUCCAUUCCGAUCGCAUCGCUCAAAUUCCCACCGAUCUCAGCUCUCUCUUACUCGACUACUCGGUCUAAAGAUUGGGACGAUAUUCUCACCGCCCAUUUGGACGAAGCUUCUGCUCGCACAUGGACCGUGAAGGACAAAAAGCUGGGCAAGUACACAUUCGCCUUUGAUAAUGGGGGGAAGCGGGGGGCUCCGACAGGUCUUGUGAAAGCAGUAUGUGUGUCGGCCUGCGGUAACUUUGGCUUCAUAUCGUCAACAAUUGGCGCGAUACACAUGUAUAAUAUGCAGUCUGGAAUGAUGCGGAGAACAUUCGUCGUGGGGCCAUGUCCGCCGGAAGUCAUCAGCAAGAAUCGACCCGUUGGGACCACAAAAAAACAACUAGAGCAACGUUGUGUUACUGGAUUGGCAACAGAUGCUCUCAACUCGGUCGUGAUCGCUAGCACAUUAGACGGGACGAUUAAUUUCUUUGAUUUUCACACUACACAUUUAGACAAGUUGCUGGUGUUGCCUUCUGACGUGAUCUCAGUCACACUUCAUCGCGAUAGCGGGCUGCUUGCUGCUAUAUGCGACGACCUCACUAUUCGAAUUGUAGACAUCGAGACACGCAGUGUAGUAAGAGAGUUGCGCGGCUUUCGUGGCCGAAUAUUGGAUCUUGCGUUUUCACCUGACUCGCGAUGGCUUGUUACGAGCUCCCUAGACUCUAUAAUUCGGACUUUCGACAUUCCGACUGGUCGCCUUAUUGAUGCCUUCCGCACAUCGAGUGUUGCAUCUACUGUGGCAUUUUCCCCAACUAGUGAUUUCUUGGCAACAGCGCACGUUGAUAGCGUUGGAGUCUACCUAUGGGCCAAUCGAGCUCAGUUUUCCGACGUAUCAUUUCGCAGCAUACCAGAGGACGAUAUUGGUACCAAUGUCCCACUGCCUUCUAUGCAGGGAUCUGCAGAAGACGAAGCCCUUGAAGCUUUGUCGUCACUUGCAUUGGCCGGACAAGAAAACCCUACGAAUGUCUUCCUCAUGUCACCACAAUUUGAUGGGGACCUUGUCACGUUGUCGCUGCUGCCGCGUUCUCGAUGGCAAACUCUUCUCAACUUCGAAGUCAUUCAGCAACGUAACAAGCCAAAGGAGCCGCCAAAAGAGCCAGAAAAAGCGCCAUUCUUUCUUCCCACACUCUCUGGAGUUGAACCCAGAUUUGUCGUGGAAUCGAAGGAUGAUACCAAGAACAAAAAAAAUACUAAACGUCUACAAAAGGCGUCCGUAUCUAGCGCGAGUGUAUUCCAUCAAAAAUUAGCUGCAGAAGAUCCUCAAGGAGAUUACAACGAUUUCUUCGCUUACGCGAAGUCGCUGUCUCCUGCUGCUAUGGAUUUGGAACUGCGCUCCCUCGUUACUUUGGAUGAUCUACGGGCAUUUCUAAAUGCGCUAACCUGCCGUCUGCGCUCGCAUCGCGAUUUCGAAGCAGUGCAGACAUUUCAAAACGUUUUCCUUCGCAUGCACGGCGAAGUUCUACUGGAGAAUUCGGAGACAUGUCAAGACUUGGAGACACUGCGGGAGAUACAGAGCAAAGAGACUGCGACGACAGGCGCAUUCGCCGGCGCGUAUGGCCUGUUGAGAGGCUCCCCACGAGUGGGUCCUUUGACAGUGUCGGCAGCUAUUAAUGGUGGAAUAGUGGGUGCGACAUUCUUUAGCUUUCGCGAGUACAUCGCCAGUCCAGCCUUUCGAUUAGCGUCAGGAAUCCCGUUACAGAUGCAGGAGGCGUCAUCUACUUCGCAGUUUCAGCGACAGUCGACCUGGUGGGACCUGCGCAUGCACAAAAUUCCAGACACUGCAAUCAGUGGUGCAUUUACUGGUGGAGUGCUUAAUGCGUGGAAGCGUGGCCGUUCAGGGAUAGUGCCAGGUGUCACGACCGCUGGAAUAGUGUGCACAUUGCUCCAAAUGAUAUACAACGAGCUCGACAUUGCGAGGGUGAAAUACAUUUCCCGAACAAUGCAGACAUUAGAAAAGGGCCUACCUCCCAUACCGCCCUCAUCGACCUCACCACAUCCGGAGCUCACCUUCAAAAAACCGUUCAUAGAGCGAAUGCUUAUUGCGCUUGGACUAUACCAGGUGUCAGAUGAAGAAUAUUUGGAGAAGCUGAAAUUCAAACGAGACACAUACCUACACAGAAUUCAUCAGUUGGAAAUGGAGCGUCAAGAAACGGCUGCGUCAUCCGGCGAAUCUGCAGACUGA